UGAAUUUAACCUGCGAUCUCACCACAAAGCAGCUGCGAUGCAAAAGGAAAACUUAGGAGCAUAGGAAUUUGACAAUACUUGAAAAGGAUUUAGAAAGGAUAAUGAAAUCGGGUGACACAGGAGAACUGGUAAUUGAAGUGAUUGAGGAUAGCUGGAGGCGCCGCAAGUAUAGCUGAUUAGCUGCCAUUGUGGGCAAUUAUGCAACAAUAUGCUUAUUAGCGGCGCAUUAAACAGAUUUCCCCCGAGGCGCUGACCUGACUCUGACGCCUAACUUGCGGACUUUCAGGCUUGCUGGCUUCGAAAUGAAGUGCUCUUCAAGCAGUUGGCGAUACGAAGGCGACAAAGUUGUCAUGCUGCUUCAGCUGUGCUGCUUCUGGCUGUGCCUCCUCGCUGAGGCUGAGCCUGCGGUGGAGACACCAACAACAUCGUCAUCGUCAUCAUCGUUGCUGUCGUUGGCGUUGUCACAGGUGCUGCUGGAAUCGGAGAUGUCGCAAUGCAAGACGUUGCACGUUCAUCUGGAGAGUGGCACGGAUAAUGCGACACAACAGUUGUUGGAUCUGUUGACCGAGGUGCAACGUCAUGUCAUCAGCACCUUGCAACCGCUGAGCUUGUCGCAUCAGCGUUCGCUUCCCUAUCGUCCCUACAAGCAUGCGGUGCUGUUGCUUGUCAGCGACAUUCAAUCGUUGCAUCGCAUCUAUGCCGCACAGCGUGCCACCAGCAAUCUCUCCUACACGCUUGUCUACAUGCUGCAACCGCAGCCAACGCUCGCCAUGCAACUGUUUUGGCAGCUCAGUGUUCUAAAUGUUGCUUUACUCACCUCAUCAGAUGAUGAACUUCAGUUACUCAGCUACUUUCCCUUCAGUGCGAUGCAUGAUUGCAAACAGAUUCGUGCUCAGGUUGUCAACAGCUUUGAUCAUCGGUUGCAACGUUGGACAUCGCUUCAGUAUUUCCCUGCGAAGCUGAGCAACUUCUUUGGCUGCACCUUGACCUGCGCCACCUGGCCGGAUAUGCCGUAUCUGGUGCUGCAACCCGAUGGCACCUUCGUUGGCAUCGAGGGCGAACUGCUGCAGUUCAUGGCCAACAAUCUCAACUUUACCGUCGGACUCUAUUGGCUCAGUCAGGAGGAGGUGCGCGACACUUUCAACGAGUCUGGCUGGAUAUUCGAUGAGAUCUUUGGCAACAAAGCGGAAUAUGCCUUGGGCGGCUUUCACUACAAGCCAAGCAAUAGCAGCGAGGAGCAACCGUAUUCACAAUCCAUGUACUACUUCAUGAGCCACAUUAUGCUGAUCACGAAUCUACCAAGCGCCUACUCGACCUACGAGAAACUCGCUUUUCCCUUCCAUCCGCAACUGUGGCUUGCCAUCGGUUUGGUGCUGGCUCUGAGUUUCCUGCUGCUCUGGCUGCACCAGCGACGCUAUCAACGUUAUUCUCAGCAUCCCUAUUACCAACUGCUGGUGCUGACGAUUGGCGGUCAGUUGCUGCCCGCCGAGUUGCCCCGAAGGAUGCACUGGCGUCUGCUGUUCGUCACCUGGGUGAUGGGCACACUGGUGCUGCGCAGCGCCUAUCAGUCGGGCAUGUAUCAGAUGCUGCGCCAGGACUCGCAGCGCAAUCCUCCUCAGACUAUAGCCGAAGUGCUGGCUCAGAGUUAUACGAUUCAAUUGGUGGAUGGGAAUGCGGAUCGUUGGCUUGCCAGUUUGCCGGAGUUGCGAACGCAACAGUUGCGCCAUCUGGCGGCGAGUGAGUUGCAAUCGUUUGGCCAACUGGCGGUGAGUAGCGGCAGCAACGAGCGACUCGCGAUCAUCACACCCUACGAAUACUUUGGCUACUUUCGCAAAGUGCAUGCGAUGAGUCGUCGAUUGCAUUUGGUUCGCGAGCGGAUUUUCACACAGCAACUGUCGUUCAAUGUGCGACGACAUUCGCAUAUGGUCGGAGUGCUCAACGAUCAGAUAAUGUUGGCCCAUUCGCAUGGCUUCCUCGAGCACUGGACGCGGCAAUAUGUGAGCGCCGUGGAUGAGCGAGAUGAGAGCAUUGCCCGGAUCACGGCUGUGUCGUAUGACACUCUCGAUGGUCUGCAGCCGGAGGGAGAUGCUGUGGAUACGCCGGAGCAGGAGCGGGAGCAGGAGAAGCAGCUGCGUGUGCUGGCGUUCAAUGAGUUGGCCGCACUCUUUUGGCUGACACUGUGGGCGCAUUUGGUCGCCGCGUUUGUCUUUGGCCUCGAACUGUUGAUCCAUAAAUAAUGCCGCAAAAUUGCCGCAGUUUUAAUUAAAUUACUUCAUAAUCUCUUGCUCUCUUCUCUCUCUCUCUCUCUCUCCCUGCCCAAGAGUAGACGCCGCUUCGCAGUUUUCUGCACUUCGUCGUAUCGUUUGCAAAACGCAAAACGUUUUAUCUGAAAGCGAUAAAUUUGCAAAAACCAGAAUAACAAAAAAACGAGAACGACGAGCAUGAAAUCCUUGCCUCAUCCUCAUCCUCCGACUACGUAGACGACAUCAAUUCUCUCCCGCUCUCGCUCGCUUCCAUGCUGGUUACAUUCUAUGACACUCGUCCAUUGGUCUAACAGCGAUGCGCAUCCUUCAGACACGCAAAUCACGAAGACGCUGUUCUCGAAGGUGAUUUCGCAAA